GAUGCGGCGGCGGCGGCGGCGGCGGCGGCGGCGGCACCGGGAACAGCGGGAACGGCACCGGGAACAGCGGCACCGAGAGCGCCGGUAGCACUGCGAAGGGCGACAGCGGGAACAGCGGGAGCGGCACCAUGGAGUACGUGAGCCCCGAGCAGCUCGCCGGCUUCAGCAAGUACAAGUACAGCGCCGUGGACAGCAACCCCCUGUCCCUGUAUGUCAUGCAUCCCUUCUGGAAUGCCAUCGUGAAGAUCUUCCCUACCUGGCUGGCCCCAAAUUUGAUAACGUUUUCUGGCUUCCUGCUGCUUGUCUUCAACUUCUUCCUCAUGGCAUACUUCGACCCUGACUUUUAUGCUUCUGCUCCUGAUCACCAGCACGUUCCAAACGGUGUGUGGAUCGUGGUGGGGCUCCUCAACUUCAUGGCCUACACAUUAGACGGUGUUGAUGGGAAGCAGGCACGCCGGACCAACUCCAGCACCCCCCUGGGAGAGCUCUUUGACCACGGCCUGGACAGCUGGGCCUGCGUCUACUUUGUGGUCACCGUGUACUCCACCUUUGGCCGGGGUUCCACCGGCGUCAGUGUCUUCGUCCUCUACCUCCUGCUGUGGGUGGUCUUGUUUUCCUUCAUCCUCUCCCACUGGGAGAAGUAUAACACAGGGAUUCUCUUCCUGCCCUGGGGAUAUGACGUCAGCCAGGUGACCAUUUCAAUUGUCUACAUAGUGACAGCCUUUGUGGGAGUUGAGGCCUGGUAUGCACCUUUCCUGUUUAAUUUCUUAUAUAGAGACCUAUUCACUGCAAUGAUUAUUGCCUGUGCCCUCACUGUGACCCUGCCCAUGAGCCUGUACAACUUCUACAAGUGAGUUUGUAGAAUCCCAG